AUGGCUGGAUUAGCCCUCAAUAUGGCCUCACGGCCGACAAUUGCAGCACCGCUCAUUCUGCUGGUGUCAUAUGUCGUAUACCGCCUCUUUUUCAAGCCAUCUGGUUUACCUGAUCUUCCUAUAAUUGGUGCUCGAAAGAGCGAUUGGUUUCCAAUCUUGCAAGCCAAGAUCCGAAAUUCCUUCGAUGUCAAGGCAGCGCUAAAUUCAGCAAAGGUCCAGUACAAGGAUCAAGCUGUCAUUGUUCCCUUGAUUGAUAGCGGAAAUAUUGUUUAUUUGCCAAGGUCGGAUACGAAGUUUGCUAGCGAGCAACCAGUUAAUGCUCUUAGUAUGCACGAGUCUGCGCAAAAGGAUUUGCAGACAGAUUACACCACCAUGGACCCGUCGCUGACGCAUGACCCGAUUCAUCUUGAGCUGGUGGCUACUACUCUCACCAAGGAAGUCGGAAACCUCAUCCCAGAUCUUGCUGAUGAAAUUGAGUACUGCUUCAGCAAGCACUGGGAAAACGAUGGCGACUGGAAGGAAGUCUGUGUUUUCGAGACAAUGCAACAAAUGCUGAGCGGAGUUACCAAUCGCGUAUUUGUCGGAUUUCCCUUAUGUCGAAACGAUGAGAUGCUCAAGCUGGUCGUUGCAUUUGCUCAAGACAUCCCCCUCUCUUCCACCAUAAUGAAGGCUUUCCCAUCUUUUAUCAAGCCACUUGUGGCCCCAUUGAUUACCCUGCCGAACAGGAUUCAUACUCGCGAAUUCGAGAAGAUGAUUGCACCUGAGAUCAAAGCACGGUUAAAAGAGUACGAUGUUCAAGAGCGUGGAGAGAAUAGCAAGAAGUCUGAGCGAAAUGACUUCUUACAGUGGUCUGUGGAACAAGCGAAAGGAAUAGGAAACCCUAAGAACUGGCAGACCAGCGCCAUUGCUCAGCGUAUCCUGCUCCUGAACUUCGCUGCUAUUCACACCACCACUUUCGCCGCUACUCACGCUCUCUUGGAUAUUGCAUCAUCAGCGCCCGAACUGAUCACAGAGCUGCGUGACGAGAUCGAAAUUGUGUUUCAGCAGCACGAUUACCACUGGAACAAACGAGCCGUCGCGCAGCUAGAAAAGCUCGACUCCGCCAUCCGCGAAAGCCAGCGUAAGAACUCCAUCGUUGUCAUCGGCGUACUAAGGGAAGUUGUCGCCAAAGACGGCGUAACAUUUCCAUCAGGAACACAUGUCCCCAAGGGCCUUAGGAUAGGUGUUCCUGGAUACUCGGUGCACCAGGACAGCGAAGUCUACACGGAUCCCAGCGCUUACGUUCCCCUUCGCUUCUACGAAGCUCGACAGAAUGAGUCAGAUGAAUAUGUUAAAAGCGCACGGAAUGCUCUUCCAACGGCGACGAAGGAUUUUUUGGCGUGGGGUCUCGGGCGGAAUGCGUGUCCGGGGAGGUUUUUUGCUUCCAAUGAGGUCAAGAUGAUGAUUGCUUAUGCACUGCUGCAUUAUGAUAUUGGGCAUUUGGCGGAGCGACCUAGGAACACAUGGAUUGCUCAGAACCGAAUUCCUCCUAUGAAGGCAACACUGAAGAUCAGGAAGAGGGUCUGA